CCGUGUGAAUUGGCAUCCAUGGUACCAUAAGAGGGGUUCCCAGAUCAGUGAUAACAACGCCGUAGAUGGUGCGGCCAAUAAGUAAUUGGACUAGAAAGUUAUCCCUGCAUGUGGUACGCGCGUGCCAACGCCCGGUGGUGGCUCGAUAGCUUCGACAAUAGCGGUGACGUGUUCUUCCUUGCAAUUUCCAGGAAUUUGAUUAUGUGGAAGCAACAGAGCAAGGCCAAGGAAACCGAGGCAUACAGAUUUCCUCCUGACGCCGCGGACACCCCAUUACCAGACGACAACUGGGACGGCUGUGGUGAUCGUCUCGAAUCCGCAGCAGACGCAAAGCAGCGGAACGUCGUGGCCUCGCUGGGCACCCACGGCGGUGCCGCGUCCUCGUGUCUGCUACUGCUGCAACUAUCAUCCAUACUCAGUAACUGCAAAUGUAUAAUCCAAUGGAUCAGAUCUUCUCGGCACAAUCCCCAACACUACAGGCUUUGUUGUACACCUAUCCUCCUCUCCUCCUCAGGCAGUCAUGGUGAUAGGGACACCCACGACAAGGGUGAUGAUGGCGGCGACAACGUACUACAGUCAUCCAUAAAGAUAUUAGCGUAGAAUUUAGUAGUGCUAACUGUAGAAUCCAAUACAUGUACAAUCAUCUAUUAGUAGGUAUUGUGUAAUAUUCAUUAUUAUUACAAUAUAGAAUUUAGUAGUACAAUUUCUGAAAUCAUGUAUUUGAAGGAACAGAAUCAGGUGCAGGAACUAUGCAAUAUUUCACUAUUAUGCGACAUGGAUAACAUUAUUUGUUUUAAGUAGUAUGUUCUCUGAUGUAACCAUAAAAGACUUGUCAUUAUAUGGCUUGCAAUACGAAAUUCUACGGUUAAAGUCAUAGAGUUUACG